AUGUAUACCUCAACUAUUUCCGACCAAACUGAUCAAGAAACUCUCGCCCACUACGAUGACGCCAGUCCUGGUGAAUUCUUGAGUGAAUCAGAUAGCUAUAAUGAUAAUGAUUCUAAUUGCGGAUCAGAUGAUUAUAAUAACUAUGAGUCUAAUUAUGAGUCUGAUAAUGAAGAAGCUUCUUGUGCUUUAACCAGUACUACCGAAGCUGUAAAAGAACGAAAGGUUUAUGUGACAUAUACUUUGAGUGAAGUGGAAAAUAAAUUGGUUAUAAAAAUUGACCAAGAUGCUGAUCAUGCCCCCAAAUUUUCUGUUGCCGACGACAUUUCUGAAGUAUAUGGCUUACCUGGGAUUCAUGAAUGUAUUAAUGGUCAAAAACCUUUAAGAGCUGUGAUUGACAUAGAUGCUUUGCAAGAAGAUAUAGAAGCAACUGGUAUUAAGGCGCAAGAAGAUAUUCUCAAUGGAUUAGUAAUCGCUACAUCAUCAGACCCUAGUAAGUGUAGCUACCAUAUUUUAUACACACCGGUUCUUCUUAUUGAUCAUCACAAACUCAAAGCAUUUACUGAAUUAGUAUAUACCAUAACUGGUGAAAAAUUUGGCAAAUACAUUGAUAGAGAAUUGCCUGGUCAAAACUUUAACCUUCGCCUUAUUGGUUCAGCAAAAAAAGGUCGUGUAAAGCGUAUUCUUCAAUUCUCACUAGAUAAUGGGUGGAAUACGCUUGAUCACGCUAGAGUUCAACUACCUACUAGCUUAAGGCUUGAAGAUGUAUUACAAAAAUGUGCAAACCUAGUUUUGCAAAAGCAUUCUAACUAUCUUAGGAAUUGGGCUAUCGAAGAAAAGGACUCAGAAAACUUCGUAUAUUUUAAUCAGAAAGCCCCACUAGAGUGUCCACUAUGUAAACGUAUAUGUUGUGCUUUAGAUUGA